UUGGGUGGGGUGUGGGUCUAUAAUCUAUUUACUAGCAUUCCUACUGCAGUGCGUUCCCGUUAAUAAGAUUAGUAAUUAAAAUGCUUGAUAACAAUUGGCAAGUGUGUUUUCCUCUUCGUGUAGUGGGUUGGGCUGGCUUCAGCCUCAGGCUGGGCUGGAAGAGCACCUGAGACAACAACGAAGGCACUCGGGCUCCCGGGAACACAGGCACCCGCCAGCACUCGUCCUAGGAAGCCUUGGCAGCCCGUAUCGAGCGCGCAAGAAGCCAGUGCUAAGCGUGCAGGGAGCCGCGAUGGUGAAAAUGGAGAAAGCCCGGCCUUUGUGGGACAACCCCUUACAGUUCGUGUUCGCCUGCAUUUCCUAUGCCGUGGGACUAGGGAACGUCUGGAGGUUUCCCUACUUAUGUCAAAUGUAUGGAGGGGGUGGGUUUCUGGUCCCUUAUCUCAUCAUGCUGAUUGUUGAAGGGAUGCCCCUCCUUUACCUGGAGCUGGCAGUGGGACAGCGUAUGCGGCAGGGAAGUAUCGGAGCAUGGAAGACAAUAAGUCCCUAUCUUCGAGGAGUCGGCAUUGGCAGCGUGGUCGUCUCAUUCUUCCUGUCCACAUACUACAAUGUGAUUAACGCCUGGGCCUUUUGGUACCUCUUCCACUCAUUCCAGGAUCCCUUGCCAUGGUCCAGCUGCCCACUGAACAGUAACCUCACGGGCUAUGAUGAAGAAUGUGAGAAAGCCUCAUCAACUCAAUACUUUUGGUAUAGGACAACCCUCAAUAUCUCACCCUCCAUUCAGGAGAAUGGGGGCAUCCAGUGGGAACAGGCUUUGUGCCUCAUCUUGGCAUGGCUGGUGGUAUAUCUGUGCAUUCUGAGAGGCCCAGAAUCAACUGGCAAGGUUGUCUAUGUAACUGCAUCCCUUCCUUACUGUGUUCUCAUCAUCUAUUUGGUUCGAGGUCUUACCCUGCCUGGAGCCACCAAUGGCCUUGUAUACAUGUUCACACCCAAGCUAGAACAGUUAGCGAACCCAAAAGCCUGGAUCAGUGCAGCCACGCAGAUCUUCUUCUCCCUUGGUCUUGGGUUCGGCAGCCUGAUUGCCUUUGCCAGCUACAAUGAACCAUCCAACAAUUGCCAGAAGCAUGCCAUCAUUGUGUCCCUGAUUAACAGUUUCACGUCGAUCUUUGCCAGUAUCGUCACGUUCUCCAUCUAUGGCUUCAAGGCCACUUUCAACUAUGAGAGCUGCAUCAAUAAGGUGAUCUUGUUGCUGACCAAUGCCUUUGACCUUGAAGAUGGCUUUCUGACCCUAGGAAACCUGGAGGAGGUGAAAGCUCACCUAGCAUCUGCCUACCCAAAGGAAUACAGUGAAAUGUUCCCUCAGAUUAAAAACUGUAGUUUGGAAUCAGAACUAGAUACUGCUGUCCAAGGGACUGGACUGUCAUUUAUUGUCUACACUGAAGCCAUUAAAAACAUGGAGGUGUCCCAGCUGUGGUCGGUGCUCUAUUUCAUUAUGCUGCUGAUGCUGGGGAUAGGAAGCAUGUUGGGAAACACUGCUGCUAUCCUCACUCCUCUGACAGACAGCAAGGCUAUUUCAAGAUACUUGCCCAAGGAGGCGAUCUCAGGUCUUAUAUGCUUCAUUAACUGCAUCAUUGGGCUGGUGUUCACCAUGGAAUCAGGAAACUACUGGUUUGACAUAUUCAACGACUAUGCAGCCACUCUCUCCCUGCUGCUCAUUGUGCUGGUGGAAACAAUCUCUGUUUGUUACAUUUAUGGCCUAAGAAGAUUUGAAAAUGAUCUUCAAGUCAUGACUGGGUGUAAGCCAAACUGGUAUUGGAAAAUCAUGUGGGCUUUCAUAAGUCCCUUGCUUAUCAUCAGCCUGUUUAUUUUUUACAUGAUGGACUAUAUCCUCACGGGAACUCUGCAAUACCAAGCCUGGGAUGCGACACAGGGUCAACUGGUAACCAGAGAUUAUCCUACUUAUGCCUUGGCAGUGAUUGGGCUCCUCGUGGCUUCUUCCACCAUGUGUAUCCCCCUGGUGGCUCUGGGCACCUUCAUCAUGAACAGAUGGAGAAGGGGAAACACGUCUGCAACGGUGUGAGCAGCGGGACUCCUGAAGGCGUCUUUUUUGGAGCAGUCGAAAGAACCGUGUACGAAGACGUCCAUUUUUGUGUAGUUUGUAUUUAUAGAUUUACCUUCGUUGGAUGCCUUUUUAAUUUUAAUUUUUUGAACAUGCCUGUAGUACUCUGGAGAAAGUCUCUCAGCUUUCAGGACUUUAUCAAAGAGGAUGUAGGACCACAUGGCCAAAGGACAAGCGUUGAAGAAAACCCACAAACUACUCGUGACUUCCUCUCGUUGGUAACCCAGCAAGGUUACUUAGGACUGAUUUGUUAGCAAAGGCAUCUAAAGGAAAACAGGCUCUGGGAAGAGAUUUAAAAGUGACUUCCUUGUCAUUUGUGGCAAGGUAUAUUUAACUGUCCUCUGGUGUCGGUUUAUAUGGGAUCUGGUUGAAUUCAAGUUUUUAUUUUUCUUUCCUCGGAGGGAAAAAGACAAAGUCCUGAAAGUGUGUUAGAGGAACACUGGCUCUUUGAUCAGGUUCGAAUGUUUAAGAGUAGUCAAGAGAAGUACAGGUGCCCUGCAGACAAAAUCUUUUAGAAUAUAAACAAAUGGGCAGUUUCAAUUCUGUAAUAUGGCAUCCUCAUUCCCCUUUAAAUAUUUUGUUUGAAGAUUUAAGAUGAAGAUUGAAACGAUUUCAAUGAUAUAAGGAACUGCCAGGCAAAGAAAUUCCCCCUACCAAUGAAGGUUGGCACUUCUGCCGCUUAUAAGCUUUAGAAAACUGUCUAGAGCAGUGAGAGGUUGUGUGACUUGCCUAGGGUCACACAGCCAGUAUGUAUCAAAUGUGGGAUUUGAACCUGGGUCUUCAUGACUUUGAGACUGGCUUCAUUAUGCCAUGGAUGACUUUUGGAGAAUUUGCCCUUCUGAAUUUACCAAUAUGGCACCAAAUGGAACACAAAGCAAGAAGGUAUCCACCUGGGUGUCCAUUGGGAGCAUCUUAAUACAUAUUCUUUUAGUUAAAUCCACAGCCUUUUUUUUGGAAAAGAGGUAGGAGAAUUGUCUCUGGUCCCUUUCUGGACAGAGUGCUUCUGCACCUUUAACGAGUCUAACUCUGCAAACUACUCUUAACUACUCGGGGGCAUGUGUCAUAGAACCCAAGAUUGCCCCAUAUCAUGAUGAGGGGUCAGAGGAAGUUGUUAGUCAUGUGGCAUAAAAGGUUCUCUAAUACAAAUAAACGAGACAGUCAUGUGGGCUAUUUAACACAAUGUAGUAGAAACCAAUUAUUAAGCACCUACUAAAAUCCUUAUCAUCAUCAUUUCUGCUCCAUUUAUAUCGUGAUGAACUCAUAACAGAAUCAGGGUUGUAGAAUUCAGAAAGGGUUUCUAUGGGCAGGGAGACCAAAGUCCACAUGACAACUUCUUGAGAAACUUAUUCAACGUUCAUUGGACAGAUACUUGCUGAGUGCCUGGUAUGUGCCUAAGUGGUAAGGAGUAUCCAGAUAUGAACAAGCUAUGAUGCCUGCCCUCAAGGAGUUUACACUCAAGCAGGAGAGAUAAGUAAAUAUAAGAUAAAGUAGAGUGGUCUCAGAACGCAUGAGAGGCACCAUAAAAGUUCAGAGGAAAGAGGGGUCCAGUUGAGAGUGCAGGAAUCAGGAAAAACUUCAUGGAGGAUUUGAAUUGGAUCUUGAAACAUGGUAGGGAAUGAGGGAUGGUGGGGAAGGCAUUCCAGGCAUGGGGAAGCACAUGAACAAAUGAAGGCACAAGCAGUAGAAACUGCAAAACAUGUGAGGAGCAGUGAGUGGUCCAGUUUGGUGGUAGCAUAAGCUAUUUAAAGGGGAAGAGAAUGAGAUAAAGUCCAGAGGGGAGGCUGAAACCAUUUUGUGGGGGCAUUUCAGGCCAGGAUCAGAAACAAGGACUUAGGUGUCUAUUUUAUUGGUGUCUCUUUUUCUUCUCAUCGGAUAUUCCUCUGGAGCAAGGAGAAGCAUUGGAGAUGCAAGUCUUGGCGGCAGCUAAGGGGUGCAGUGGAUAGAGCACUGGACCUGGAGUCAGGAGGUCCUGAGUUCAAAUCCAGCCUCAGACACUGGACACUCACUAGCUGUGUGACUGUGUGACCCUGGGCAAGUCACUUGACCCCAAUUGCCUUACCAAAAAAAAAAAAAUGAAUGAACCAAUCCUUUCUUGUGCCAGGCUUUUCCUCCUUUGGUCCUCCCCUUGAUCCCUCCUCAUGCUGUCACUUCAAGCAUCCAAAAUUUCAAAUUUUGGAUGGAGUGGUGGAUGGCUUUGAAUAUGACAGCACAGAAUUUGAUCCUGAAUCCAUUGAGGUCUUUCCAGCGCCUCCACACAUCCUGCAAUUGGCUUAAUCUUAGGGAAUCCCCCCAUCCUGAAAUCAAGCAAUCAUCAGGAACCCUCUAAAUUUCUUUUCUCCAAACUAGACAUUCCUGGAGAAUCAGCCUUGGGUAGUGCUGGAGGUAGUGUUGGGAAGACUGGGGUUCGAAUCUUGCCUUAGAAACUUAACUAGCUGUGUAACCUUGAACGAGUCUCUCAACUUCUUGAAGUUUGUCUCAUGUUUGAGAGUCAAAUGGAUCAUCUGGACAAAGUGUUUUGUAAACCUUAAAGUUCUGUGUUGUUGUUUUUAAAUCCCUCAGCCAAUCUGGAUAUGCAUCUUAUGAUCAUGGCCUUCUUCUUCUGGAUACUACAAGUUCCCCCCCUCCCUUCUCUCUUAAUUUACUUCAUCUAACCCCUUCCUCCUCCAACAUGAGACUUGAGUCACUUGCCCCCUCAGGCAAACUGGAGAGUGUUGUGGUCGUGGCCUAAGUGGCUGAGGCACCCUGGGGAGAGGAAGCGAUGGGGUCAGGCACCACGGGGAAAGCUCUAGGCCAGACCAGCUGGACAAGAAACAGACAGACAUGAGUUCAUCUUUAUGCUACCUGCCCAAGUGCUUUGAAUAUAAUUGGCUGAGGACCAUCAAGGAUGACUGGAAUUUGAAAUUCCAGAAGUUGAAAAUUGCUCAGAAUUCUGAAUAUUGUGGGUAGAUCAUGACUUUGGAAAGACCUCAGAGGUCAACUAGUCUAACCCAGACACAGAGAGGUUAAACUACUUGCCCAAGGUAGGCAGUAAAAGAGGCCUUUUUGAUGCCGAAUCCCGGGCUUUUCCCCUAUAGAGAAAAAUGCCCAGGGUUUCAAUUUAGCCAUUUUGUUUUAGCCAAAAAGAAUUAGAUUAGAGCGACACCAAACAGAAUUCUCAGGCAUGCCUCAAAAAAUACUUAUUUAGAAGGUGCCUGAUACCUUCCACACCGCACAAAUGUGGCCAUGGUCAAGGUCAUUUUAGGCAUUUCUUUCACUGCAAGACAAAGGUGUUUGCCUGAUAACAUAGGAUAGAAAAAGAAGAUGCCAGCACUGGUUGAUCAUAGAGUCAUGAAUUGUCUCUUACUAGUUGUAUGACCUUAGGCAAGUCUGUUUUCUCCUCCACAAAAUGGGGAUAAUGAAUACUAUUUCCUCUGCUUCCCUCACAGGGCUGUUGUGAGGAUCGAAUGAGAUAAUGUAUGUGAAAAUGCGUUGUAAAUGCUUGUUAUUUUUUUAUUGUGCCGAAUAUUACUGACCCAGGCACAUUCUAAUCUUAGUCUGUAGCAGACAGUACCUGCUUCUCCGACAUAGGGGACAACCAGUCUUUCAAGAAACCUUAUAGAUAGACCUUUCCUAAAUUUGUGUUUAUUAACUGACACUGUAAAUAAAUCCUAUAUAAAUAUCUGAAAUACCUGGCACCCAUUGACUGUACUCUCUGGAGACAUCACCCACCUGGACCUCAGCUUCCCUUACAUUGGCCUCUCCUUGUAAUUACACCAGACAAAACCUCGUACUGUGUCUGAAAAUCCCUGUGGAUGGGGUCAGUGUUAAGGGUAGGAGUAAAACUUGGGGUGGAAAGUGGGGAGGGCGGGGAGGCUCUAGCUUACCUUGCUGCAUUUGAAAUAGCAGAUGGUCUAUUCUGAAUUCGUAUAACAUUCUGAAGACCAGAAGGCUGAUCCUUAGACCCGACAGAAGUCACCACUCUUUUUGUGGAUGAGUCACUUGAUAUGUGUGAUAUGUUUUAUGUGUGCCCUCAACAAAUUCAUUUCUGAGCCAAUUUAAAGAAACUUAACAUUGCAAGUGCCAUUUUUACAAGAUGCUUCAUGAGAUAAAUCAGAUUGACUAUUUUUCUUAUUUUAGAUGAAAGCUUAAUUCACCAAACAUAGUAAGCACUACUACUACUACGUGUAAGGCACUAGGAGGCAGGUGGGCCACUUUUGAUCUUGGACCCACAACCCACCUGGGGAACAACAGGAACGUGGGGGGGGGGGGGCGGUGCGCUAGGUAUAACCAUUUCCUUUCCAACUUUUUAUCUGCCAUGUAAUAGAUGUUGUCAUUGCUUUGGUUACUUGCAGCAUGAAAAUUAAAACUGCCAGGAGGGAGCUGAAAAGCGGUCGAGUUUAGACAUUCCCAGGUGAAACCCUGGGUCAGGGCAAGAGCUUUGUACAGGAUAUGAUUUUGGAGAAGCCACCAAGAUACAUACUUUAAAGCCAUUAAUGUUCUGGCUCCAGUCUAACUUUACAACAGGCAUUUCACAUUGGUUAGGUUGUUCUAUGAACUAUUUUUAUUAUGAAAAAUAUUAGCAUCACAACCUUCACUAACUGGGUACCACCAGACUGGUUCACUUAUCGAAUAAAAGAGAAAGAUCUUAAAAGGACCUCAGGGGCCGUGUGGUUUAAUCUUCCCAUUUUACAGAUGAGGAAACUGAGGUCCAGGGAAGUUGUGUGGCUUGCCCGAGGUCACAUAGGGAGUAGAUGUCAGAGCUAGGUUUUGAACCCAAAUCCUUGGACUCCAUUCAAUGCUCCAGUCAUGAUACCAUGCUUUGAAAUCAGGACUCCUUCCUGUCCCCCAUGCCCAGGAUACACUCCUUCCUCACCUCUACCUCCUAGAAUUCUCAGCUUCCUCCAAGCUUGGCUCUUUUACUGGUAAUUUUCCCCGAUGACACAUCGGUGCUCUCUCCCAUAAGAUCACACACAUAUUUAUCCUGCUUGUGUCCCCACAGAAUGCGAGUGCCCUGAGGGCAGCAACUGUUUCUCAUUUUGUCUUCAUAUUUCCAAUACCUAAACAGUGUCUUCUACCCAGUACGUACUUAAUAAGUGUUUGGUACAUUGGACUAAAUUGGUUUGAUUCAUGUAAGUCCACAGCUGGUUUGGACCAGUUGUAUCUGUUUGCCUCAGUUUCCUCAACUAUAUAAUGGCGAUAACAAUAACACCUACUUCCCAGGACUUUUGUGAGAUGGAAUGAAGUAAUAUUUGUAAAAUGCUCUGUACGGUGCUUAGUAUAUAGUAGGUGCUUUAUAAAUGCCAGGUAUUAUUAUCAUUACUUAAAACCUUUAGGUCAAAUUUGAUAUUUAAACUUAAUUAUGAAUCCAGUGAAAAUUGUAGUUUGACUCUUCGUCCAAAUGUCUAUUUCUGUCGAGGGCGUGG